CUCAGUUCAUUUAAUGCUUAGUCUUCCUUUGAUACUGUAAAUAUCCAUUUUGUACAGUUUUAUAUCCCUUUCCAGCAUUAAAAAUAUAAAAUCAUGAUAAAUUAGUAACUUUCACCGUUAUUAAAUCAUUAAAUUUUCCCAUUCUAAAUUUAUAAAUUGUCAAACUGCAUUUUUUGUUUCGUUAACACCAUCAAUAUAAAUCCUCCAAAAACACAAUGGUUCAAUACAAAGAUGAAGUGUCUCCAAAUAGAGAUGAAAAUUUAAAGAAACCGAUGAUUGCUUACAGAUAUUUUAUAAUGGCUAUCAUUUUUAUUGCCACAGUUGUCGUAUUUUCCGUUCGUAAUGUUAUUAAUGUAGCCAUAAUCGCCAUGGUUGAUAAAUCUAGUGCAAAUCACUCCACAUCAGCGCGUUUUGAUUGGAACCAACAUGACCAAGGAAUCGUUUUAGGCUCUUACUACUAUACAUAUGCACCGAUCCAGAUAGUUGCUGGUGCUUUAACCGAUAAAUUUGAUCCUGUUCAUUUAAUGAUUGGUGCUCAAGUAAUAUCAACCAUUUGUAGUUUCAUUACUCCUUAUUCAGCUAGCAUGGGUGUCUUUUAUAUUGCUGGAGUUCGUAUGCUUAUGGGUUUAGUCCAUGGAGUUACAUUGCCCACUAUGUAUGUACUGAUUGAGAAAUGGUUCCUACCGAGCGAGAUUGGCUUGGCUCAGGGUUUAAUGGCUUCUGGAUGUGACUUUGGCAAUGCAAUGGUAACCGUCUUUGCAGCUUGGAUUAGUUCAAAGAGCUUAUGGGGCGGUUGGCCGGCUGGCUUUUUCAUUAUGGGAAUCAUUAAUGUCAUUUUCUUGAUUGUAUGGACAGUUAUGGUCAGCUCAAGCCCGCAAUCCAAUAGAUUUGUUUCCAAUUACGAAAAAAAUUUACUUAAAAUAAAUAUGCACUCCACGGAUAAAACCCAAAAAAAGAAAGCAACACCUUGGAUAAAACUUCUUACCUCAAUACCACUUUGGUCUAUUAUCAUAACCAAAGGGCUCAUUGGAUUAGCUUAUUCGGUAAUCCAGACUAAAGUUCCCGUUUAUUUAGCCUCGGUUCUUGGCUAUGAUAUUCAGAAUAAUGGACUCAUUAAUUCACUUUUUUAUAUUGCUGUUGCCUUGUCUCAACUCGUCUGUGGUCCAUUGUCAAAUUAUAUCAUCACCAAAGGCUGGCUAAGCAAAAUAAUUACCAGAAAACUCUUCGAAUCUAUUGCUCUCGCUGGAAUCAUUUCUAGUUUGGUGACAGUUUGUUACUCAGAUGAUAAUUCACAUUUAAUCAUUGCCUGCUUAAUUUUGGCCAUGUUUUCCUAUGGUUUCAAUCUUGGUGGUGAUGUACCAAUCAUACCUGAGAUGGCUCCAGCUCUAGUUGGAACGGCUUUUGGUAUAUCAAAUGCACUAGCUUGUGCUUCUGGUUUCAUUGCUCCAGCUUUGGUCGGUGCCAUUCUUGGAGAUAAUGCUGGUUCACAGAGUAAAUGGAUUCUAGCAUUCCAAAUCGUCGCUGCUCUCCAGUUAAUAGCACUUUUGUUAUUUGGACUUUUUGCCACUACAGAACCCCAAUCUUGGGCUAAAUUUGACGACGAAGAAACAGAUCCACAGUCAGUUGAAACAGUUGAUGGAGAUGUUAAACACUGACAAGACACUUUUUUGUUUUAUCAAGAUCAUAUUUUAACAAUAAAUUUUAACAAUUCAUUAAAUGAACGAUCAUUAAAUACAAUAUGUAUUGAACUUUCAA